AUGAGCGGUGGAGUGAAUAUCAAAAUCAUAUCUAAGAGCCAGAAUGACACAGGUGUCAGUUCCAGUUUGCCUGUACCUCGAAGCAUGAUGCCCCUGUCCAAGAUGGAUCCUAAGCAACAGUACAGAGGCCUCCCAAACUCUAUGGUGCAGAAUCAGCAUGCAGCCAAACGACAGCUUUCCUACGCAUCAUCUACUGUUUCCUCAGGCCCUACAGAGCUGCUGAGAGGCACAGCUUUAAAGAACCACCUGCUACAGCAAAAGAGCAGUAUAUAUUCUCACAGGAGCCCAGCGGCCACAGAGCGUACUGACGGGACGUGCUCGGCGUACAGCAGCCCUCAGAUACCGAAGAGGGAAGUCCGGCGCUCUAAAGACACACUGGACCUUCGCACUAGCACACUGACCCAGAAAGCUUUACGAGACCUACAGUUAAGAAGAAACACCAACAAGAACUGGACCUUUGGAAAAUGUCGUCUGAGAAGCGUUGACAACGCAGAGGCGGAUGACCCCUUGUGUCAGCUCUCGGCUACUAACCAGCUUGGCCAAGGAAGAGGACGCCUCCUUUAUACUAAAGGCACUAAUGGGAAUGUGAUAUCUUCCACUGGAAUGGGGAAUUUCCAAAAAGAAGUGAGGAACAUCUCCAACCUGGACCUGAACACUUCUGAAGGAGUGGCGUCCACUAACAAAUCAAAGCCUUCGUAUCAGACAUUCAAUAUGCACCGCAGAGGGAGUGAGCCAGGGAAGGUGAACAUGGCAACUGUUGCUCCCUUCAGGUUCAGGUUUCAGGUCCAUGAGGAGAUGGAUGCCUCUCUGGAUGAUCUGAGUGACUGUUCCUCUGAUUCCAUGGAGGUCUGCUGUGACGAUAUAGGAGGCAUGCUUGGAAAUAGUGUGAAAGGCAGAGAAGGCGAUUUGAAGAUGGAAAGGACGGAUAGCACAAAGGCAUACGGCCAAGCAGAUGGCAAAGGAGUUGGUAUGGCAGCUAAGAGGGCCAAGUCUGGAGUGCCCCAGAGCACACAGCGGGGUGAACUAAAGGUUUACCGGGCAGGUAGCUCUGAGGGCAGGCUACCAGUGCCCUCCAGUCUCCGCAAGCAGAGGUCUAUGACAAACCUGGCUGUACUCACUGAUGCUGAGAAGAAGUUGCAUCUUUAUGAGCCCAAGUGGUGUGAUGACAUGGCCAAGCCUGGAGCUGGGCAGACCAAGACAGGCAAGCCCAAGACAGCAGGGGGUGGCAGCAGCGCCGUAGGGGGUGCCCCUCUCUCUCGAAACCUAUCCAAAUCGGAGCAUUCGCUGUUUCAGGGCAAACCAAAGCCCUUCAGCCCUCUGGCUGCUCCCUCUGCCCUGAAUAAGCAGAGCCGCAUACCUCGUGGUCCUUACGCUGAAGUGAAGCCCCUGAGCAAGGCACCCGAGGAUGGGAAGUCCGAUGAUGAGAUCCUCUCCAGUAAGGCUAAGGCCAACGCAAAGAAACAGGGAGCUGGAGCAGAGUCUGGUUCUAAAGGCCAGGGGGAAGAAGGGGGAGACAAGCCCUUCCUGAAGGUGGAUCCAGAGCUGGUGGUUACAGUGCUGGGUGACCUGGAGCAGCUUCUCUUCAGUCAGAUGUUAGACCCUGAGUCCCAGCGGAAACGAACUGUGCAGAAUGUCCUUGACCUCCGCCAGAAUUUGGAAGAUACAAUGUCGAGUCUGCGGGGCUCUCAGCUUGGCCAUAGCUGUCUGGACACCAGCAGUGUGGGCUACGACAGUGACGAGACCAACGCUCGCAGUAUAUCCAGUCUGUCCAACCGCUCUUCACCUCUGUCUUGGCGCCAUGGCCAGUCGAGCCCUCGUCUUCAGGCGGGCGACGCCCCGUCCUCCACGGGUGGAGGUUACCAGGGGAGUAAGACUGGUUCCCAGUAUACAGCCCAUACGAUGCCAGCUCGCUGCUCCAGCCGUCUCAGCAGCACAUCUCGUAUUGAGCUCAUCGAAGGGCUUGACGUUGAGGACACCGACCUCAAGUCUGGUUACCUGAGUGACAGUGACCUUCUAGGAAAGAGCCUGCCAGAUGAUGACGACGACAACCUGGCUAAUGGUUGGGAUGAAAGCAGCUCCAUCAGCAGCGGGCUCAGCGAUGGAGACGGUGAUGGGUCAGAGAACCUCAGUUCAGAGGAGUUUAACGUCAGCUCCUCCCUCAACUCUCUGCCAAGUACACCACUGGGAUCCAGACGCAACUCCUCCGCUAUGCUCCGCACUGACGCAGAAAAGCGCUCCCUGGUGGAAAGUGGACUCUCUUGGUACAGCGAAGACAGCAAAGCCAGCCACAAGCUCGAUAGUUGCAGAUAUGACACAGGGAGUCUCAAGACCGAGGCUCCGAGUAAGUGGAGAAAGAAGCCACCGAGCCUCAGUGAUGAUACAGCGGGUAAAGGAGAACUGAGGAAGCCUCAAAGUCUGGGUCAUCCAGGGAGUUUUAAGAAAGGUCGUAAUCCUCCUGUGGGCAUAACCUCCCCUAUCACCCAUACCUCUCAGAGCAUGCUAAAAGUUGCAGCACAUAAAAGUGAGAAGCCACAGGAUAAAUCCAAGAUUUCCAUCAAAACUGCUGGUCUCCAAAGGUCUCGUUCAGAUGCUGGGAGGGAUCAUCAUGGAGAGCACCGCAAGCCCCCUUCAGGUUUAGUUAAACCCACUGCUGGAGCCUCCUUUGGCUACAAGAAACCACCAACAGCCACUGGUACUGCCACAGUUAUGACAGCAGGGGGCGCCACCAUCUCCAGUGGCUCUGCUACUGUGGGGAAAACUCCCAAGUCAUCUGGCAUCCCUGUGAAGCCUGUAGGAGGAGCAACACCCUCAGGUCGCAAGAACAGUUUUGAUGCCAGCAGUGAGCAAAGCUUCCUGGGGCCAAACGCCCGAAACAGCAUACAGUACCGCAGCCUGCCGCGACCUGCCAAAUCGAGCACGCUCAGUGUGAUUGGUCGGCCUGCAUCUCGGCCUGUCAGCGGUACUAUUGACCCCAGUCUGUUGAGUUUGAAACCUGUGAGCAUCGCCUCCGCAGGCCCAAGGGUUAAAGAGCUGAGUAGCUGCAGCAGUAAAAUGGCUAAUCGGACGAGCACAGGCCCAGUGAACCAGACGGACAGAGAGAAGGAGAAGGAGAGAGCCAAGGCCAAGGCCGUGGGCGUUGACAUAGACUGUAGCUCUCUGAAAGGAGAUGAGUGCACAGGAGAGUCUACUGUGAAACUACACGGUCUGAGACGAACCAGCAGCAGCAAAUACCCUGAACUGUCAUCACCUACCACACCAAGGAUGCUGAACACUAAAUCUCUGGGUCGUCCACCCAGCUUGGCUCACCUGGACAAGGUCAACUCCAACAGUCUCGACUGCUGUGUGACCAUCCAGGACCUCCCACCCAAAGUACCCCCUUAUUCCAAACUUCAGGACUUGGCUGGUUCCCACACUGCCACUCACCUCACCCCCAGCCCAGCACCUGUGCUCCACAUCGAUUCUCCUGGUUCCUACACCAGUGAAAGCCUGAGCUUGAGUGGAUCCCCGCUGCUCUACCCGAAGCUAUCUGGCAUGCACCGCAGCAUGGAGUCCCUGCCUCUCCAGAUGAGCGUGCCUUCCAGUGCGAGAUAUCUUGCCAUGGAGAUGCAGGAAAAGGAGAGGGGUACAGGAACAUGGGGAGGUGGAAGCAGGACAUCCCUCAAUCUCUCAGAUGGCCUGCAAACAAACAGGAAUACCUUGCCAAAGAAAGGCUUAGAGUAUCUUAGACGCUAUGGCUCAAGCCUGUCAGAGAGUGAUGGGAGCAAACCAGCAAGACGCCACUCCCACAAUAUAGUCAGCAUGACGGAUAGCGAUAGCCCCCCUCAGCUGCCCUCUCCCACCCGCCCACUCCACCCCUCCUCCGGCAAGUCCCCUCUCACCAACGUGGUUGCCCCAAUUUCCAGUGGCACCCCGAGGAUAUCACGCUCCAACAGCAUAGGACCCCCCAGUGAUUCAGCCUGUGAUCUCUAUGGAUCCUCCCCGCCGGGCAGCACUAUGUCCCUGGCUGACCGCCCAAAAAGCAUGAUGCGGUCAGGGUCUUUCCGUGAUUCAGGGGACGAUGGUGAGCAAGCUUGGUUGGCCUCCCUGCAGGGGAUGCAUGGCUCUGUGCUCUCAUUGGCGUCAAAUGCUUCUUCCAACUAUUCCACUAAUGAGGAGAGGAUACAAGGGGAGCAAAUCCGCAAAUUGAGGCGAGAGUUGGAAUCAUCGCAGGAAAAAGUUGCCAACUUGACCAUGCAGCUUUCUGCUAAUCUAGGCCAGGCAAAUCUGGUAGCAGCAUUUGAACAGAGUCUGGCGCUGAUGACAGCACGUCUGCAGACCCUGUCCGUCUCCUCAGACCAGAAGUUACCAGACUCUGAGCUCACUGAGCUCAAGGAUACCAUCGAGGCUCUGAAGACCAAAAACACAGAGGCCCAGGAAAUCAUUCAUGUGGCUCUCAGUAAUCCAGACAUCACACCUAAAGAGCUGCUGAUCAAUCGGCAGAACUCCUCAGAAAGCAUUUCUAGCCUCACCAGCACCACCAGCCACUCAAGUAUGGGCAGUCUCAAGGAGCAGGAGGCCAAGAAGAAGAAGAAGAAGAGCUGGGUCUUUGAGUUACGCAGCUCUUUCAACAAGGCCUUCAGUAAGAAGGGUGGUAAGCCAGUGGGGCCAUAUGCUGACAUUGAGGAAAUUUCCACCCCAGAGUCCUCAGCACCUUCUUCUCCCAAAGUCCACCACGACGGGGAGGACCCUUCAUCAUCAAUGAAAUCCUCAGCUUCUGCAUCGUCAUCCCGACUCAGUGUCGGGGAUGAGGGUGACGUGGUGGAGGAAAAAGUUGUAUCAGAGUUGCGCUCAGAACUGUGGGAGAAGGAGCGUAAGCUGACAGACAUCCGCCUGGAGGCUCUGAGCUCUGCCCAUAAGCUGGAGCAGCUGCAGGACACCAUGACCAACAUGCAAAAAACAGUGGAGAACCUGAAGGCUGAGAAUGACCAUCUGAAGACAGGAACUCUGUCUCCUUGUCCAUCUCCUGGACCGUCCAGCUCCGUUUCCCAGUCUUCAGGUCUCACUGCUCUCGGAAGUUCUUCACCACGUCAGUCAGUAGCCAUGAACAUGCCCAAAAGUUACAGCAGAGGACUGAGUGAGGGGACCGGCUCAGAUGUCCUCUCAGAUUCUCUCAGCCUUUCCUCACAGAGAGAUGAUCAUCGUGUGAGGGUGGUGGUUUGUGUGGCAGAUUUACAUGUCUUCAAAGACGAGGUCAAACAACAGGAUUUCUUCAUCGGCACUGUCAGAGUGAAUGGCAGGAUGGACUGGCCCAUGCUUGAUUCAGCUGUCAGCCAAGCGUUCAAGGUCUACAUAGCCAAAGUGGACCCCACCUCCAGUGUGGGCCUGUCUACUGACUCCAUCUACAGCUACAGUAUGGGCCAUAUUAAGAGAAUUUUGGGAGGAGAAGCUCCAGAGACCCAGCCCUCUCGCUGCAUGUCCCGAGGCCCCAGCAGCAUUACGGUGGCUCUAAAGGGUUUGAAGGAGAAAUGUGUGGACAGCUUGGUAUUUGAGACCCUCAUUCCCAAACCUAUGAUGCAACACUAUAUCAGUCUGCUUCUCAAACAUCGUCGUAUCAUCCUGUCUGGACCGAGCGGAACGGGUAAAAGCUACCUUGCUUCCCGGCUGGCUGAGUACCUGGUGGACCGCAGCGCCCGUGAAGUCACAGAUGGCAUCAUGGUCACUUUCAACAUGCAUCGCCAGUCAUGCAAGGAUCUGCAGCUUUCUCUUUCCAACUUGGCCAAUCAAAUCGAUCGGGAAACCAGCACAUCAGAAAUACCGCUGGUAGUUAUUCUGGAUGAUAUUCACGACCCUGCUUCCAUCAGCGAACUUGUCAACGGUGCUCUAACCUGCAAAUAUCACAAAUGCCCGUACAUUAUUGGAACAAGCAAUCAACCAGUGAAGAUGACAGCAAACCACAGCCUGCACCUGAGCUUCAGGAUGGUGACCUUCUCCAACAACGUGGAGCCAGCCAACGGCUUCCUAGUGCGCUACUUGCACAGGAAGCUGAUGGAAUCUGAGGAUGAGAGAAACUUGACCAAUGAGGACCUGAUCAGGGUGUUAGACUGGGUGCCCAAGCUGUGGUAUCACCUGCACACAUUCCUGGAGAAGCACAGUACAUCAGACUUCCUGAUUGGCCCAUGCUUCUUCCUGUCCUGUCCAGUCACUGUGGAUGAAUUUCGAUCAUGGUUCAUUGACCUUUGGAACCACUCUAUUAUUCCAUAUUUGCAAGAGGGUGCUAAGGACGGUAUCAAGGUCCACGGCCAAAAGGCAGUAUGGGAGGACCCGGUGGACUGGGUGAGGGGCACCCUUCCUUGGCCGUCUGCCCAGCAGGACCAGGCAAAACUGUUCCACCUGCCUCCCCCCAGCAUAGGCUCCAGCAGCCCUGGGCAGCCGAUUGAGGAGAGGCCUCACAAGGAGACUCCACCCAGCUCCAUGGAAUCUGAUCCGCUGAUGGCAAUGCUUUUGAAACUUCAAGAGGCUGCCAAUUACAUUGAAUCCCCUGACAAAGAAGACCCUAGCCUGCCUAAACUUUGAACACAAAGCUUACUGUACACUUUACACUUAGCACUUCAAAUGUUAUUUUUAUUUUUUUAUCAACUGUAAUGACGCAGUGCACAUUCAGGAACAAACCAACCCUCAGAAAUGGUUGUAGGGUGAUUUAAAACUGUCAUUCCUGCGCUUGGAAGUCAAAGCGUGACUGGUUAAUUCUAAAUCAUCUUAAUAUACAUACAGUAUUUUCAAAAACUGUUCAUAAGUAUUGUAUGAGAAACUAUAUACUUUAGGAUAUAGUUAACUGGAUGACAUUCACUUCAGUUCAGAACCCUUUAUAUCACUGUAGUCCUCUUAGAUCGGUGCUAAUAGCUCAGUAUGAAACUCAUCGUCUCAGCACUGAUACUUCAGGUGAUUUCUGCAACAGUACACCGUGUCCAUCCUGCUUUGUGCUCAAGUGCAUCAUGGGGGAUACAGUGUGCUUUGUCAAAUAGAGGUAUUCUCAAUUAAUGGUGACUCAUUUUGUAAAAGAGUAUGACAGCAUGACAAACGCUAUUAUUUAUUGCAAAGUUCUUUGGUACAUAUCUACUGUAUAAGUCUUUCAAGGCCAAAUCUUAUACAUAUGCAAUCCUGAACUUUACAACCCAA